UGUUGGUUGGGACCAGGGGCGGACUGACCAUUUGGAAACUCGGGCACUGCCUGAGGGCCCGGGGCCAGUAGGGGGCCCCCAUGAGAUGCCCCUGGUACCUUUUUCAUAGGCUUUUUUGAUGUGGGCGAGGACACAGGGGCCCCAUGAUCCCCUAUUGCCCAGGAGCCCCAUGAGUUGUCAGUCCGCCCCUGUACCGAUGUGCCUCACCCAAUGCCUCGUUCACACAUGGGCAAACUAUAGUGUAGGUCCAUGUGAAGGCUGUAUUUGCCUGCAUGAGGAUGCACAGGUGCUCAUGCAUCCUCACCCCCUCAAUUUGACAGCCGUGUGGGUGCUGGUUGACAUGAAUGGGGCCACC